CUGUUUCAGCCAUAAACAGAAAAAUCAAAAGUGAUAUUUUUGCUUUGGCAUUGGACAUUGGAGCGUACUCUUUGUGGUUCUGAAAUCGAUGACACGCCAUUUUGACAGUCUGAAACCGGAGCGGCGCGGCGUCUGGUUCCAUUUUGAAAAAAGAUAGGUUAGGUUUGGAGUAUUUUUGAAACAAGUUUUACUAACAUAAUAUUUUCUAUUUAACUUAUAAACAAUUUAAGUCAAAUUAGAAUAAGUCACCUGAAUGACACAGUGAACUCUCCAAGACGCUUUACAUUAUGUAUUACUUGUGUGGAUCAAAUAUGUAUUGACACAAAAUGGAAAGACAGAUCAGUCUGGAGCUGUUGCCUCAGGAAGUGCUCACACAUAUUGCUAGUUAUCUACGCGUGCAAGAUAUAUUAGCCUGCAGCAGUACUAGCACUUUGAUGAGAUAUGCUUUCAACGAUAAUUGUGUAUGGAAGAAACUGUGCAAUGUGGACUUAGUUGAAUAUUUAGUUAAAUACAACAGUUUGGAUGAUUCAUAUAUUCAUGAAUAUGAAAAUGAUAAAAGUUCGCUGCCACCAUUGUGCCAUUGGAGAAUGUGUUAUAUCAAGCAGGCUAAACUGUCUCAAAAUUUUAGACGUGGUGAGUAUAAGAAGAAAGAAAUCACAUUUGGGAAAGCAAGUUCAGUUUAUCGAGGAACUAGAGUAGCACUCCUUGAAAGGAGUGAACAUUUAUUUAUACACUCUUUUGAUUUGGUUCAAGACGGGUUUCUCAGUGAGAUCUGGAAUAUUAAAGAUGUUCCAUCCCGUCAUUCAAGAGUGCAUUUAAAUUUUGAGGAGUUCAUGUCUUUGGGAGACACAUUUUAUGGUUUCGAAGCAUUCAAGCUAAUAGAUGAAAGGUUAGUUGUCUCUGUUAGUAAUCUUGUAAUAGUUUACAAUGUAUCUUCAAUACCUUCAUCAGAUAUUAUGUUGGAAAGAGCGUUUGUAUUUGAUAAGUCUGAAGAAAUUUCAAAAUCCCUGGUAUCCUGUAUAAACAAUAACGUUGUACGAAAUACAUACUUUGAAAUGAUUACAAAACUGGAUAGUGCUAUUUGUACUAAUUUGUUUAUUGGUAUUGUUUUUGACUUAUCUAACAUUGUCCUUCAUUUUUGGGAUGUUCACAAUGGGACAAAAGUGAAAGAGGAUCUUUUACCUACUCAGAACAUGAAAGUCGUAGAAUUUUGUCUGCUAACUUCUCAAACUGGAAAAGAUAUAAUUGUCAAACUUUGUGUUUAUAAUCACAGGCAUAUGUACCACUGCUAUGGUUAUGACAUUGUUCUCAUGAAGUUCAAUAACUUUUCUGUAAAACUCAAUUAUUGUGAUUUUUGUAUCCUCGCUCAUGAUCGUGUGGUUGGUGUUGGUCCACGGACAAUAUACUUGUACGAUUAUAAAACAUCUGACAGGGUAGCCUUAAGAAAAACUGACCAUGAAGUCCUCAAAAAAACUUUAGUAGCUUUAGAAAAUGAUUUAUUAUAUGGAACAUUUGAUAGUACCAUCUUUGUGGUAAAGCUGAAAACGUUUGAAAUUGUCAACUCAGUAAAAUUAGGAUUCAUUCUGUACAGUUUGAACAGUUUGUGUCGUAAGUUUGUUGUGACUAAUUCAACAAAUAAUGAAGUGUGGGAGAUUGGAGAGACAGCUAAGAAACUUUUUAAGUUACCUACUGAUUGUUCAUUUGUUGGAUCAAAUAAGUAUUGCACUAAGAUUUUAGCCAUCAAAAGUAAUAAGCUGUACAUCCUUGAUUUUGUAUGAUUUCUCAUUCUAUUUACUCUGUUUACGAGGAGCCAGGCUUCCUUCGUCAGAUCCUGCCACUUUUGGAAGCCAGUCUUAAAGACUUUUUUUAGACACAUACAUAUAUAACAUAUUGUAUUAUUAUAA